UAAUCAGAAUCAGCUGAGGACGGGAAAUCACCUGCAGAGGGGAAGAGUAGAACAAGCAGCUCUUGGUCUUCUUGGCCGCCCAGGCUGAGGGUCUGCUCAGGAUGAAAGCGCUUCUGGCUGUUCUGCUGGCUGGCCUUGUGUGCGUGGAGCUAGCCCAGUCCUUGCGAUGCUACACCUGCAGAGAACCGACAGAUCUCUCUGAGUGCACAUCGGUCAGCAACUGCUCUGCGAACGACACUGCGUGCAAGACAACUGUGCAUUCUGUAGACUCUGGUUACCCCUUUUUCGGGAACAUCACCGUCUCCAAAUCCUGUGCUAAGACGUGCAUGCCCUCCGACCCGGAUGGAAUUGGGGAGUCCCACCCCGACUCGUGUUGUUACACCGACCUGUGCAAUACCGGCGGAGUGCCAGGGCUGACAGCCAAUGCCUUGGCAAUCACAGCUGCCGCUCUCUGGACCCUCCUGAGGGUCAUGCCGUAGUGCAGCGGGGGUCUCAGACAGAAGUCCUCCUGGCCAAGCUGCCCAGCACGUGGGACUGUUAGACACUUGAGGAAGAUAUUUCUCCAGUUAACUGUGGCUUCUUCAAUCAAUGCCGGGAAUUUAAUGGACCAUUGGAGAUCAAACCCACCCAGCUUUGAAACCCCCGGCCAUGCUCUGCUCCCAGCUGCUAAUCAAGGGGACAUGUUGCUUCGGCAUUGACUACAUCCUGCCGCUGCAUCCCUCCAGGGAUGGGGACAUGGAAGAGACAUGGCCGUUCUGCAUAGCAGGAGUCGUCAGGCAACAGGGACUGUGCAGGGGUGGGCACUGUUCUGUGCUGGGAGGAGGGGAAAGAGCAGGACAGGUCCAUGGCAACUACACAAACUCACCAGCCAAUCCAUCCAUGUAGGGCCAUGCAGGGCUGGUGUCAUUUCAGCAGGGGAAAAUUCAGGGUGCCCCAGCCCCGUCUCACCUAAAGCCUGUUUUCUUGUGCAGGGGAUCCAGCAUUUAAUCCCAUUUGAUUUCUUCUUCGCAGCUCCCAAGCACUGCAAUCUUUCUGUACCAUAAAUAGCUUAACGUAGUGAUUCCCUGUUCUCUGGGGGCGUCAAUUUCCAUUUCCCAUUUUCUCAGGACGCUUUUAUUUUGAACCCCAGGAGGACUGUUUUCAAAUGCUGCUUAGGACAAUGAGCGAAAGGAGCUUGAGGGCACAUCUGAGAGUUCCUCUAGGCUGCAAAUCCCACUGCCUGGCUCAAGAGAGAGGCCCUGAGUUGGAAGGGCGGGGGGGGGGGGGGGGUUUGCAGAUCAGAAACGAGGCGCAGUAGCAGAGCUGCAGGUGCAGCUAGUAGGGAACCUGCCUGCCCUUUGCCUGAUGUGAACUAGUGGUCUCAGGCCUUUACUUUCAAUUGCACUAAAAUCCAGACAAGUUCCCAAUUGGCUUCAAACACCUGCCUCCCGCCCUCGCUCCCCAAAAUAAAAGGGAAAUGUGUUACUGGGCCAGAUCCAGUCUUUAUAGUCCACUGACGCAUGUCCUCUGCUGAGGAUCUGACCCCACUGAGGAUCUGGCCCCCGGACAUUUGAGAAAUGUUUCUAAGGCACAUUUGCCCCAUCUCUGCAGUAAAACUAGACCCAGCGUAACCGGACCCAGUUCGGAAACGGCUUGCCAGGGAUUCCUAGCUCUGUCCCGUCUAGGGGCGAGAAUUUGAACUUUGCUCCGCUCUCAUUCCCAUGACAAAGACUUUGGCGUGUGAGCCACGCCGCUGAAAUCAACAGGAUGACUCACGUAAAUGAGGGAAGGAGGUCUGGGCAGCAGGCCCUGAAUUCCAGUUAUAAAUGUUUCACUUUGACUAGCCUUUCCUCUGAAUUACCUUCCCAUGUGGGAUAAGGUCCAGCUUCACUCCCAGGAACUCUGGCACAUGGAAACUGACCAGAAACCUGAUGAGCAAGAUGUCUGCUCUGUCCUCUGCUGCACGCUGCCUCUAGUUGGUCCUUGUACUUGGCCUGUCUAAGGCCCAUAUGUUUGGAGUCCCACAAGGGGGCACAGCACGAGCUUGUGGCGAGGGCAGAGGACUUGCCCUCUCAUCAUGGCUCUGCCACUGACUCCGUGUGCGACCCUGUUCAAGUCAUGGGUUCGUUGCUCCGUGCCUCAGUUUCCCCAGAUGUAACUGUGAUGGGUUGGAUCACAGAAACCCCCUUGGGAGCUGCCACCUAAUGUGCAAAGACUACCCCUGCUCCUGUUUUCCCUGCCAGCUCAGGACUCCAGCACCCUGUCUUGCUGAGCCAGACACUCCCGUCUGUUCCAACAAAGACCCAGGGUCUGAAUCACUUGUCCCAAAGCUGCAAGUUUAUCUGAAAACAGCUCACAGAAGUGUGCUUGUCUUUAGCACUCAGAUGCCCAACUCCCAAUGGGGUCUAAACCCAGAUAAAUCCAUUUACCCUGUAUAAAGCUUAUGCAGGGCAAACUCAUAAAUUGUUCGCCCUCUAUAACACUGAUAGAGAGAGAUGCACAGUUGUUUGCUCCCCCAGGUAUUAUCAUAUACUCUGAGUUAAUUAAUAAGUAAACAGUGAUUUUAUUAAAUACAGGCAGUAGGAUUUAAGUGGUUCCAAGUAGUAACAGACAGAACAAAGUAAGUCACCAAGCAAAAUAAAAUAAAAUGCGCAAAUCUAUGUCUAAUCAAACUAAAUACAGAUAAUUUCCUCACCAGUUCCAGAGCACUCCCUUUUACAGGCUAAUCUCCUUUUAGCCUGGGUCCAGCAAUCACUCACACCCCCUCUAGUUACUGUCCUUUGUUUCAGUCUCCUUCCAGUAUCCUGGGGGGGUGGAGAGGCUCCUUCUUUAGCCAGCUGAAGACAAAAUGGAGGGGUCUCCCACAGGUUUAAAUAGACUCUCUCUUGUGGGUGGAGACCCCCCUCCUCCCUCCUAUGCAAAGUCCAGCUCCAAGAUGGAGUUUUGGAGUCACCUGGGCAAGUCACAUGCCACUGCAUGACUCAGUCUUUACAGGCCGACGCCAUUGUCCACAUGGCAUCUUGCAUGUCUCCAGGAAGACUUCUCAUGUGGAUUGGAGCAUUCCAAGAUGCAUUGUUCCCCAAGUGUUUCCUGAUCAGGUACUUAACCUGGCGAAUUCCUUCCUAAAGAAGCUGACCAAAUGCCUCACAAAGCUUACUUAGAAAUCAAGCCAGCAUACAGCCCAUAUUCUUAACCUCGAGUAGAAAAUGAUCUAUAUGUACAAAUAGGAUGAAUAGAUAUAGUAGACCAUAACCUUUAUGGAGAUAUGUUACGUGGCACAGGCAGCACAAAACAUAUUUCAGUUACAUCAUACAUACAUUUAUAAACACCCUCCCAUAAAGCCUUAUGGGGUACAUUGUCACAGUAACAUGGAGACAACUUUUUUGACACAGCUUUGUAAAGUGCUUUGAGAUCUAGGGAUGAAAAACGCUGAUUAUUACGAUUAGAGGGGGCACACUGCCUCAGGCAGAGCAAGGCCUUGUCCUCGGGUUACUGCUGCCCCUCCAUUUCAAACGGAUAAGCCCCUUUCCUUCCCAUACCUCUGAGAGUCUGAACUCUGAAUGCCAGAGCAGACCAACUUCACCAUUAUUCUUUUUAAAAGAAGGUCCCGAUUCCCCUUUCCCAUUCUACGCUGUAAAGACUGGAGUUCAGCAUUCUCUCUCUGGUCUUUUGAUGCAGAUCCCAAGCCAGAAGUGGCGACAUGAGCGGAGCUGAAUUCUCCACAUUGUAUUGUCUGAACAUGUAACGUGGUUUGCCAUGGUCUGUACAAGGGGGAAGCUGGCAGGGCCCCUGAACUCCCAAUGGGGUUAUUGUUCAGGCUGGCAGGCCUGUGGAAGGAUCCAACAAGCAAAUUCACAUUCACCAGCUCUGCAAUCUCUUCCUGUACAGUACUAACACAUUGCCCAGGGACCGACUGCCCCCCUCCAAUGGGGAACAACAAUCUGACCAUAGGGAAUACAAAUUCGAUAAUGGGCAUUUCAAUCUAGCAGACAAAGAUCGAACAAGAUCCAAUGGCUGGGAGUUGAAGCUAGACAAAUUCAGACUUGGCAAUAAGGUGCAAAUUUUUAACGGGGGGGGGGGUGUAAUUACAGAGGGUAAUUGGAACAAUUUACCAAGAGUCGUGCUUGAUUCUGAAUCACUGGCAAUUUUUCAAUCAAGAUUGUAUUUUUAUUUUUUUUCCUGAAAAAUCUGCUUUAGUUCAAAAAUUCAGGGAAGUCCUAUGGCCUGUCUUAGACAGGAAGUGUGUUGUAAUCAAUGGGCCUACAAAUACAUCCUCAUUGUGAACUCUGCUGUAAAAAGUAAGUGAAUGUUUCGACGAUGUCACAACAACAACAAAUGUUGCUGAGAAAAGGCACAAAAAGACUGAACUAGUCCAAACAAAAAGGCUGACCAACAGAACUCAGGUGCUGUGUUAAGAUCAUGCCUGGUAAACUAGAGGAAUUGAGGAGCAAAAAUUAAUAAACCAAAAUUGGUAUGUCAGA